CAGCCCAUUGGCCGGGCCGGGGGGUUGCUGUAGGGCCAGGGUGACCCCAGGAGGGGUCAGUCGUCCUUCACCACCGCCAUGUUCGCUUGGGGGGCUGCCCCACGGCGGGCCCUGGCCUCCGCCGCCGCGGGCCACGCUGGUGCUGCCGGAGGUCGGACGUGGCGGGCACUGUCGUUCCUGGUGGCGCUGCCAGCGGUGGGGGUCUGCAUGCUCAACGUCUGGCUGGAGCAGCAGCGGCACCACCACGAGCCCCCCGCGUUCGUGCCAUACCACCACCUCCGCAUCCGCACCAAGCCCUUCCCGUGGGGUGAUGGGAACCACACGCUCUUCCACAACCCCCGCACCAACCCCCUGCCCACAGGCUACGAGAAAUAGGGGUGCCCCCCCCAGCACGCCACAGCAAUAAAUGCCCUGAACCUGC